AAAAAAAGGUUAAUAUGGUUGAUUUUAAUUUAUUUUUUUUUUAUAAAGAGGUGUUUGAUGAAACACCUUCCUCCUGCAGCAGAGGGGAACGUGCCCUGGUUGACUGGGGGAGCUCCAUCCCCUGCUGCAGGCGCUGGGAGAACUGGGUUUGGAGAGGUUUCACCCCAAGGUUCAGCUGGGCACCCCAGGUGGGGAUCAGGGGCGCAGGGAGGCAGCAGGGCUCGGGGACAGUGACGUCGUUGCCCAGCCAAGGGAAAACUCAGGGGACGUGAGGCUGAAAUCUGGGAAAACAUGGGACAAGCCACCCUAUGAGUCAGGGUAUCCGAGUUUUCCAGCAUAGCUUUUCCAUCUAGGCAGGAUUUCCUGGGGGGUGGGGGCAUGCAGGCAAGGGGACCCCCCAGCAACCCAAAACACUCCCCUAAAAUGACCUUGCUGCUGCCAUCAUCCCUGCUUCAUCACCCCCUCCUGAACCCCUGCAUCAUCACUUUGUUAAUAAACUUUAACUCUUGAAUUCUGGGGGGCUUUCAGCCAAAGCUGUCGUCACUCUCACAAAUACAUGUGGUGACCCCGAAAGAAAUGGGGACCCUCCUGGGAUGGGGGAGACACACACCCACCCACUGCAGAUGCUCACCCCAGGGACACAGACCACCCCACGCACCCCCAUCCCUCCAUCCGCCGGGUGCUGGCUGCUCCACUAAUGAGGUUUUCCCCCUUUUUCCUUCCUCCCUGGGAUCGCUGCAGGGAUGGAGGAAUUUCAGGGCGGCAGGGGUGCCCUGGUACAGCAUCUGCUGCGGCCCCAUCCUGCCACUGCAUCCCACUGCAAAUAGCAGAGGCAGAAGCAGCUGUGGGAUAAUCCAGGGCCAGAUCCUGCCUAAAUCCCAUCCCCUUCGUGGGCUCUGUCGCAUCCCCACGCCAGGGACUUAGGACCGCACAGUCAUUCCCAGCCCGCAGCCCCAAUCUGGGGGCCAUGAACCUGAAAUGGGGGGAGAAACGCUGAAACUGGGGCUGGGUGGGGAAACUGAGAAAUGGAGAAUUUGCCCCCUCCUGCUUCCCCAGGAGCAUCCCUGGGGGCUGCAGAGCAGCUCCUGGGCACAUCGUCUGUGGAGCUGGGAUCAUCUGGGCUGGAUCCGGCCUUUUCCCAGCCACCAGGAGCUGCGUCAGGAAAUGAGCCCAUUCCUGGGUGUCCCCAGCCCCCCACCCUCCCCAGAUCUCGGUGACAAGCCAGAGCAGGCUCAGCUGGACAGACACACACCCCCUAAAAAAACGGGUAUCGGGCCACUGUCCCCUGGUGCCAAGGGGAGGGGGGCGGGGGGACAGGAUGCGACGGGCGCUGGCAUGGGGAGGCCAGCGCCAUCAGCGAGGUCACGGUCCCCUGUGGGAGUGGUGGCGGGGCCAACGUCACCGACACCAAGUCCUACAAAUAGUGGUGCCCAGCCUGGCCCAGCCACUGCUCCAGCCGGCCACCACUGCCACCGUCACCCACCUGGCCAGCCGGCCAUGGCGCCCCGCGCGUUGCCGCUGCUGCUGCUGCUGCUGCUGCUGCUGCCGGCCGUGCCGCCCUGCCGCGCGCAGCACUGGUCCCACGGCUGGUACCCGGGGGGCAAGCGCGACCCCGGCCCCGCCCCGGCCCCGCAGGUCCCGCCCCCCCCCCGGCGCUGCCGCCCCCCUCCGUGUUCCCCCCCCGGCACCAGGAGCCGCUGCUGCUGAGCGGGGCGCGAGCGGCCCCGCCCCGCCCACGCGGGACCCGCCCACGCGGGAGCGGGCAAUAAAGGGGCGCGAGGGGAGCUGGAGCGCAGCGCUGCGCCGGGGGCGGGGCGGGGGGGCGGGGGGCAG